AUGGCGGAAAAAAUCACUCAAGAAUUGGAACAUGCUAGUCAAAUUGUUUUGGCUGCACCAAAUAUUGUAACACCAGAACAGAGAAUUGCAGCAGAGCAUGUAAUACUAGAAUUCAGGAAAACUAAGUUGCCAUACAAUAUAUGCAAGUAUAUUUUAGAAAACAGUAAAUGUGACUAUGUCCUGUUCCAAGCAGCAACAACAAUCAAAGAAAGUGUGAUAAGAGAAUGGGCAUUACUGGAGGCUACUGAUAUUGAGGCUCUACGUUCAUUUCUUUUACAUUUUAUUACACAGCAUAUUUCAUUGCAGAGUUAUGCAAGAGAACAGAUUUUACAGACAGUAGCUGUCAUACUGAAGAGAGGAACCAUAGACAUUAAAGGAGCAAGCUGUGACAGUCUUUUCCAAGAUGUCACUAAUCUGGUGGCUAGUGGUAAUGUCACUAUGCAAUUGGUUGCUUGUUCUAUGCUGACAGCUUUACUAAAUGAAUACUCUAGUUCCAGUAGGACCAGUAGUGUGGGUUUUACAUGGGAAUUUCAUGCCAAGUGCAAAAGAGCCUUUGAGGAGAAGGACUUGAAGAGAGUUUUCCAGUUUGCUUUACAAGUAAUGAAUGAACUUGAGAGACAACCAGAACCACUAACAAGGGAGGCAACUGCAGUACUAAACCGACUAUUGUCAAUAUCAGAACAUGUAUUAUGCUGGGAAUUCACCCCCAAAGUCUUCCGAAGACAUAUUGGUUCAUUUGAAAUGAACCAGAAUGUACCAUUGAAACCCAAUGAGAAUUGGAGGGAUACACUGUUAGAUAAAUCUGUUGUAGAAUUGUUCUUUAAGAUAUAUAAGAGAGUCCGUUACAAUUCUGAUAUGGCCAAUCAUUGUUUACAAUGUAUAUCCCAGUUAGCUUCAUUAAAUGGACCAGUAUUUCCUGAUGACAAAUCUAAGUGCCAGUAUUUAGCUUUUUUGUUAGGAGCAUUUCUUCCCAUGUUGGCCAGUAUUGAGCUACAGGAUUUUGAGAACCUAGGUAUAGCCAACACAUUUAAAAAUGUGGUUAAUACUUUCUCUGCUGCCACCUUUAUGAGUGUGCCCUCUGAAAUGAUGGAAAGCUUUCUACACAACCUUACACAGCAGACGUGUACAAUGGGGAGAUCAGCUACAAUGGAGGAGGCACUACAUAAGGAUGACACUGUUUAUAUGGAAGCUUAUGAAUUCAUGCUUGAAUCCUGGAUGGAGUUAGUAAAUAAAAUGAAGGAUAUUAGUGUUGAUUCUCUGAAACCAAAGGCUAUAGAAGUGUUUAACACAUACAUUCAGUGUCAUAUCAGUGGUCCAGAGGGAACUAGAACUCAGGAUGGAAUGGAUGCAGCCCUGGAAGAUAGUGAUGUGGAUGAGAUUGAAGAGGAUGACAGAGAAAGAUUUGGUGAUGUGUUAUGUUGUAUUGGUACCUUGGCUAGAAUGGUACCAUACCACAGUAUUCCACUAUUGUCAAAGAUAUUAGAAGAUAGAAUUUCCCGAUUACACGGUCAGUUACAAAGAUUACAACAAUUUGCUGCUGAAGGACAUGAUUUAUCCAUGGACACAUCAUACUUAACAGUUUUAUAUGAAGAUCUUCACUGGAUUAUACUUGUAGCUACUAAUGUACUAACAAUAGAAUCUGAAGGAGAAACUCCCAUGAUUCCUCCAGAUAUCAUGGAGUACACCAUCUCAACAUCAAAGGAUGUAAACAUAGAUACAACACUCAAAGUUCUGUCAUCUCCUAAUGAAAAAAUAGAUUCAAUACCUGGAGCAGAACAACAUACAGAUGGUGUAGUUAGGUUAGUGUCAGGUGUAUUCCGUUUAUGUGAGGUAGAAAGACGAGCUGUGGAUGCCAGACUGACAGGAUGUAUUAGUCCACAGCUAAUCAGUACAACCAUGUGGUUCUUACAUCGAUGGUCAAGGUCAUAUCUACUACCAGAUGAAAAUUACUAUGCACAAGUCAGUCAGGCCCUCUUGUCUUCCUUUGGUCGAGAUGCUGAUGGUGCCCAGUGGGUGAUAUCAUUUCUUUUUAAUUGUAUUAUGUGUAAUUUAAAUGCCUGGACAUCGGAAGACAAUGUUUUAAAGGAUUCCCUUGACCUGCUGGUUUCUUUGGUGGAAAAUAAAUCAAAAGCUGAAUAUGUAACAAAGUGUGAGCAUCUAUGGACAUUAGCUAAAGAAGAAGCCAAUCACCAGCCUCCUUACAACUGUCUUCCAUCUCAUGGCCGUAGAUGUUUGUUAAGGGCUUUAGUAUUGGCUGGAUCAGGAGUAAAAGAUGAAACAUGGAAAGAGCAAUAUUGGAAUUGUAUACUAGGAUCGUUACAUGACAGAUUUUAUAAAAUAGUGUGUCAAGAGAACUUUUUAAAAGUGUACUCCUCAGGAGGAGUAAAAACACAAGUGAUAGACUUAUUAGAAUCUGUACGUGGUGUAGCUUUAGGAACAAGGGUAGAUAACCUCAACAGAUUGUUUGAUUUUCUACAUCCAUUAUUAGAAGAAUGUGUUAAAAUUUUAGAUGUAUAUCAUAAUUAUGAAGAUGUAGUGCCAUUAGUGUUAGAACUUUAUUCUGAAGUUAUACAGAAACAGUUAUGUUUCUUGGGAGAGGCCAAAUCAAGAAAGUUAUAUGAGCUAAGUUUAUCUGUGAUAGAAACUUAUUCAAAACAUAACAAAGGUAAACAUGUGAUGAGCCAUAGAUAUGAUGAAGACCAGGAAGAUAAAUAUAAUGACAUUCUCAUUGUUAUGGAAUUACUCACAAAUCUGUUGUCCAAGGAUUUUAUUGAUUUUGGAGAAGAUAAUGAGAACAUAAACCCAGAAGGAGGCCAUGUAAAAGCUGCUGAUGUAGCAUUGUAUGGUCUUCAUACUAUCAUUCCACUGAUGAAUGCUGAUCUCUUAAAGUUUCCUAACCUGUGUACACAGUAUUUUAGAUUAGUAUCAUUGUUGGCAGAAAGUGAUGCAGAAAAGUUUGUACAUUUACCAGACGAUUUACUCAAAUCAUUGACAUCAUCAGUAGAAUUAGGCUUGUCAUCAUAUGGUAGUGAUACCACAUCAUUAUGUCUGGAGAUCCUCACAUCUUUAACAAUACAUAUCUGCCAAAAUAAUCUGCAGGGAUCAAAGAUACACCAGUCUAUUUGUCCUUUUAUGAAGUUUGUGUUCAACAUGUUGCUGAUAGAAACAUUUAACAUGGAAUUGUUAGAUUCUGCAAGUUCUUGUUUGUUUUGUUUAAUUUGUUGUUAUCAGAAUGAAUACAGAGAGUAUGUGAAUCAUUUGUUAGAUGGUCAGACAGAGCCAGCAUACAAACAACGAAUGUUAGAGGCCUUUAACAAACUGACUCCUCCCACUUUGAAUAUGACAGUUAACAGAGAAAGUAGAAUCAAAUUCAUGGAAAGUUUUAAUGAGUUCAUGAUCAAUGUUCGAGGGUUUUUGUGUGUGAAGUAAAGAUUUCAGACCCUUUCAAAAAAGUCUUUAGGAGUUUAUGAUCAAUGCACACAAGUGUUUCUGUGUGUGGAUUAGACUAUACAGAUCUUAUAUUAUGUGUAAGAGGAUGGUGAUAGCAGAAUAAAGAAUUCACUAGAUUUUUAUGAUUGUUAACUGUAUUCUUUGAUAGAAUAGUUCUACUGAUAUGUGUCCUUAAACACAAGUGUCAGGGUCUUGGAGAAUGUUUGAUGAACUCAUAAUUGCAUUUUUUGACUUUGAAUGUAUAAAAAAGAUUAAUUCUUUGAUCCUGCUUGCCAGAAAGAAAUGUUAAAGUAAUUUGACACAUAUUUCAUAUGUCAUAAUGAAUAGUAGUUAUAGGAAACGAAUUAAAAUGUUCAUGUGUGAAAGUUAUGCACAAAGUACUAAAUCUUCCCAAUACUGAGAGGGAAAAGGUCUUUCGCAAUAUAUUGAAUACUGCUGUCUUCAUCAUUAAAAAACAAUAUUCUUUGCUGGCAAUAAAAAUCAAUUGACUCAGAUGCUCUAUCCUAAGAUUUUUAGUUUUGCCCUUUUAUAUUGUAAAGUCAUUCAUUGCCAUUAAAUGUUUGAAGGGCAUGAGAAACACAUACAUUGGUAUUUUUAAAGCAGUGUAAGCUUUUAUGCUGUCACACUAGAGGCCAUACGAGUCACUCAUCAGGGUCGACAGGUCAUCAUACCAAACUGGAAGAACUAUAUUAUUCUUCUACUAUGUUAAAUAUCCUUUGUUUUCUUGUUUAAAAAAAUGUACACCCUUGAUCAGAAAUUUAAAAUGAACUGUAAAUCUUGUUAAUAUCAAUUCUCCCAAAUACUUGGUUACAUGUAAAUCUGAGUGAACAAGUUUUUUUUUAUUGCUUUAACUGUUUUACAUUCUUUAGUUUCAAGAUAUUAAAGUCAAUUAUUUCAUUUAGAAUUAAUUACUUUAAUUGAACAAUCCAUAAUCACAGUAUUUGAAUUAAUUGAAAUAUAAUCAGUGGUUGAGGGAAUCACAUCUCAAUGAUUUUUCAAUCUUUCAAAAAUGACAGACUAACAGUAAUGUAAAAUAUUGUCUGGAUAUAUAUUUUGUUAUUAUCUUAAUGAAAAAUACUGGUUAUUGUGUAAAUCUUUGAUAAGAAAAACAGCUUUACUAAUUGAAACAAAUUGCAAAAAAAGAGAAGAAAAAUGAUAAUGUGAGUUGUAAGCAUUGUUUUAUGUUCUUCUUUUCUCCAGAUGCAGUGAUAAAAGCAAUAGCUUGUUUUGUAAAGAGAGGAGAGUCUACAUUAAAUUUCAUCCCUUUUUUUUUUAGUAAAAACAUUUACUGUAAACCAACUUAUUUUCGCGGAUACUUUAUUUCGCGUUUUCCCUUUCUAAUCCACUUUGCGAUUUUCUAAUUUACUUGAUAAAUAGUUUAAUAAGGAAAGAUCCAAGUUGUACACGUUCGCUUUGAUUUAUAUUCGCAUUAUCUCGCGAAAAUUAAUCGCUCGCAAAAAUAAGUUGGUUUACAGUAAUUACAAUUUGAGGAAGACAACAGAUUAAAAUUAAACUGAUUUUAAUGACAUAAAAUAAAAAAUUCCUCAUGAAUCUGCCAUGCACUUUCGAUUUUAUGAGACAGUAAAAUACAAACUUGGACUUUCAACUUGAUUAUAAAGUAUGAAUGAAUGAAUCUGGAUUUACCAUACAUGGAUUCUUCUGACUAUUAAGUGGCAUUUAAUCCUGCUGUUUUGAUUUCAUACUUGUAAAAAUGUUUUAGUAAUACAACUGUUGUACUGGUUUAAUUUGGCAUGAAACUAUGUCAUGAUUUACCAGUAUGAUUAAGUGCCUAAUAGUGUACUUGUUAAUAAUUCUAUGUAAUAAGGAAUUGAAAAAAAAAGGGUAUUUUGUCAAGUAUCAAAUGUCAUUGAAGCUGAAUUACCCUUAAACCGCCACAAUUUAUUGAUUUCAGGGUUUGUAAUCUAGUCUUCAUGGUCAAGUGUAUUAAAUUUCAUUCUUCCAUGACUAGGUCCAAAAUUUCAUACACCAAUAUGUUAGUUGCCAAUGAAAUCAAUGAUUUUAAAGCAAAACAAAAUAUUUUUUUUUCAAAAUCUGUGGGUUUAAAAAUAAAAAAAUGAAACAAUAUUUUCUCCAACACUUAUUAAUUUUAAAAAACAAAAAUAUCCAUUCAUUUUUGUUUGCUUCCUCACAUUUUUUUUGAUUUAAAAAUCUUUUUUUUUCUAAAACAGAGUUUGGAUGAAAUGUUUGGAGGCAUUAUUAGUAUGAUUUAAAAAUAAAGAAAUAAUUUAAUUGGUAAUUAAUGGCAAGAAUGCUUUUGUCAAAUAUUUGUAAAGAGAUUUUAAUAGCAAUAGUGUGGGCAUUUCAAUAAAACAAAUUAUUUAGUGUAAAUUUUGAAAGUUUUCCUAUGUUGCUUGCGAAAAAAAAACAUUUUUCCUGUUAAGUGUUGUAUCUAAAAUAACAGGGUAAUGAGUUAUAUAUACAUAUGUUGAGGUGACUAAGAUUUUAAAAUUGUAUGCUUUUCAAGUUUCAACAGUUUUAGUUGUUAAAAGUGAUGUUGAUUUGACAAAACAGCAUAAUGCAGAACUAAAUUGAUUGAAAAAUUACAGAGUUCCUAAGUCAAAAUAAGUGGGAUAAAAAUUUCUCAAAUAUAUUUCUGUAUAUUUAAAUGUUCAUUAUCUAUUGUUUAAGAACCAUUCUGUUUGGCAAUUUAAGUCUUGAAUUUUUUUUUGUUAUUUUAAAGAAUAUGUUCAAAGAAUUUGUUGACUUUUAUACAUGGUUGUUAUUUGUUGUAUGCUAUUAGUUUUAUAAAAUUAAUAGAAAACUUGCUGAUUUAUGCACCAAAUGUGUUGAGCUAUGAAAUAAAGAUACUACAAAAAAAUUAUAUGA